CCGGCGGAGCCUCCGCGGGGACACGGGCUCUGCCACGGCGGCACAGGACCUCGCUCCCCAGCCCGCACGCACCCAGCCGGACUCGCCUCUGCCUGAAGCGCCGCAGAGAUGCGAGGAGCGAAGAAGCGGCAGGCGCUGCCCGCCAUCGUGCUCCUGCUGCUGGCCUCGGCCCCGCCGCCGCCGGGCGCCGAGGGCAGGGACGUGCCCGCCGCCGGAGCCGAGCGGGGGGCGCUCCUCGACAUCCUCCUCCAAGCCCUGGGAGACGACGGCCGCCCGCUGCCGCCUCGGCCGCCGCGGAGGGACCGGGUGAUCUCCCGGCGGUACAGCGCCGGCGGUGCCCCGCCGCCAGACCCCCGCGCCGCCGCCGCCGCCGCCCCGCCGCCGCCGCGGCUCGUCGCCGCCGCCCGGCACGGAGAAAUUUUUCCAAGAGAUUCCAGUCUAAAAGACAAGUUCAUAAAACAUUUUACAGGGCCAGUCACAUUUUCCUCAGAGUGUAGCAAGCACUUUCAUCGACUGUAUCACAACACAAGGGACUGCUCAACACCAACCUAUUACAAAAGGUGUGCAAGAUUGCUAACAAGAUUAGCAAUGAGCCCUUUGUGUACACAGUCCUAGGAUGUUUGCUAUACUUUCUACCAAGGAGAGAAUUCUGAUUUGCCAAGAAAGUGCCUUGAAAUCUUCAAAAAUGGAGAAGACAUCUUUUAUCUUUUUGAUUUACAAUGUUUUGUUACUAGAUGCGUUUUAUUUUCAUAUAUUUGUCCGACAUUCCAUAUUUGUGUGAAACAUUAUUUUAUUUUGUAAAUUUGUUGCCUAUAGUUCAGACAAGCCAAUUAUUUAAAUACAUUGUAUAUGAAGAAUACUAAUGAUAUACUGAUUAAAUGUUAUAACUGUAUGCAGGGAGUUGGUAAAAUUUUGCUGUUUCUCUUGUUCCGUUGUAUUUACAUCGUUCUGCUCAGGCUCUUACUCUCAUUAUUUGCACUAACUUGAAAUGCGGAAGUCUGUGUAACUGAAAUCUGAAUAAGCUGUAAGUGGAGAAGUUUUACUUGCCAUGGAAGAUAUUUUAUAUUAUGAAGCUUUGUUAAUAUAUACAUAUGUAUUAUUGUGCAUCAGAAAAAGUUUGCUCAGAAAUGCACCUUGCUUUCAGGAACAUUUGUAUGACUAUUCUGGAUUUUCAUCAGUUACAUUUGUACCGGCACUUAUGGAAAGAAUUGCAAAUAAUGUAAAUAUAAAGACUGGAAAACUGCAAUGCAGUUUUGGUGGAAUAAAGAACAUAAAAAUAAACUAUUUUACAGGAGGGGUUA